GUGUAUUCUACAUUGGGAUCGAUGUGUGAUAAUCACAACGAUGUGAUGGAUUAAAACACUGGAGCCUUUCAAUUUACUAGUCAUUAGUGUGAAAUAGGUUGCGGAAAGAAGAUUGUGCUUUGGCCGCGUUAGCUUCUCUCAAGAUCGCAGUGUCUUUCAUUUUCGUUUGAUUUUUACUUAUUAUUACACAAACAUGGGACCUACGCUCGCAAUAUUCUUUGUUUUUCUUGGUUGUUGCUCAAAUUUGUUCUUCUUGGAGGCGCUGAUGAAAGAGGACCCAGGUUGUGGCAACUUGUUGACCUUCUGUCAGUUUACAUUUAUUGCCAUUGAUGGCUUUCUAUUUACCUCAAAAUGUGGGACUGUACAAUUAAAGAUUGGCAUCAAAGAUUACAUGGUGUUAGUAGUUUUGUAUUUUUUCUCAAGUGUGCUGAAUAACUAUGCUUUCAAUUUCAAUAUACCCAUGCCUCUGCAUAUCAUUAUCAAAUCAGGCUCUCUGAUAGCUAAUAUGAUUAUGGGUAUGGUCAUAUUGAAAAAAAGAUAUACGAUAGGGAAGUAUUUGUCUGUGUUGAUGAUAACAGUAGGUAUAAUAAUUUGUACAAUAAUGAGUGGCAAAGAAGUUAAGUCUACCGCACCAGGUGCUGCUGAUACUCCACCAAGUUAUGAUGAUUUUUUCUGGUGGACAGUGGGCGUAAUAAUAAUGACAGUGGCCUUAUUUAUAUCAGCUAGAAUGGGUAUUUAUCAAGAAUACCUCUUUGGUAAAUAUGGAAAACAAGCUAGAGAAGCUUUGUAUUUUACACAUUUACUACCUUUGCCGUUAUUUGUAACUUUAACAAAAGAUUUGUAUACACAUACUGUGAUAGCUUGGAAUUCACCUCAACUGAUCAUUCCUAUCAUUGGGAUUGCAAUACCUAGAAUGGUAGCUUGGAUCAUUGGUAAUGUUCUUACGCAAUAUAUGUGUAGUAGUGCAGUAUUUGUCCUGACUACAGAGUGUGCUUCCUUGACAGUCACAUUAAUUUUGACUCUGAGGAAGUUUUCAUCUCUUGUUUUCUCAAUAAUUUACUUCAAUAAUGCAUUCACGAUUUAUCAUUGGAUAGGAACGUUUUUAGUUUUUAUAGGUACAUUUAUCUUUACAGAAACUGUGCUAAAAAUACGAAAUGCUAUGCAAUCUCAAUUCACUGGCAAAAAGAAAGAAAGUUAAAUAAACAUUUUAGUAUUUGUUUUUAAACACUUUGUUAUCCAUUUUAAGUUACUCGUUAAUGAGUAAGUUUGUAAAUAAAAAACUGCUAGAUCAGCAAAUAAAAGUCAGAAUUUUUAAACU